AUGCACCUCCUGACAGAGAAGUUGGUAUGGCACAGAAUCUGGAAGGACUUGCGGGAAGGGGCCAGGAACUGCGUCCCUUGUCAGUCUAGCAAGGUCAGCCAUCACACUGAAUCGGGUGUAGACAAGUUCCCACAACCCAAACGGAGGCUCAGUCACAUCCACAUAGAUGUCGUAGGCCCUCUGCCUUCAUCUGAGGGCACCAGAUACCUCCUGACGGUCAUUGAUCGGUCCACCAGAUGGACUGAAGCAACCCUGAUGAUGGAAGCUAUCACCAGUGCUGAAGCCCUCCUCUCUAGUUGGAUCAGCCUUUUUGGAGUGCCAGACGACAUCACAAUGGACUUCGGACCUGCCUUCCUGUUGAAAUUGUGGGCCGCACUGGCCCAUCUGAUGGGGUCAUCGCACUGCAGCACCACUGCCUACAACCCCACGACCAACGGCAUGGUGGAAAGAGUCCACUGA